CAUUGACUUGCUCCAAGUAAGUCUUUGGCACCACUUUUUAUCCUUUUAGUUGCCUCAAAUCUGCUAAACAUGGCCCUUACUCACUACAACGAUGAUGUCCCACGCUCUUUACCUGUUGUUGCUCACCUCUAUAUUUUCAACAGCCCAAAUCAGCAGCGCCUCCACGCCGGCCUACACCGCCACGGAGUUGAUCCUCCUCAGCUGCGGCGCGUCGACAAUCACAAACGACACCAGCCUCCGGAGUUGGGACAGCGAUGCCCGUUCAAGAUACAUGCUUUCAAACGCCGCCUCAUCUUCUGCUUCCGAAGCUUCCACUAUGGACCCUUCGGUUUUUCCAGUCCCUUACCAGACUGCUCGUCUCUUCCAUUUCCCUUUCACAUACACUUUUCCGCUCACCACAGGCCAGAAAUUCCUCCGUCUUUACUUCUACCCCAACGCCUACUCCGACGUCGACGCUACUCAGUCUCUUUUCUCUAUCACUGCGAAUUCCUUCACCCUGUUGGGAAACUUCAGCGCUUUCCUACAUUCCCAGAGCUUAUCACGACCUGCUUUUAUGAAGGAAUUCAUCGUCAACAUCGGAGCAACCCAGAGGCUCGAUUUAACCUUCACCCCGAAUCCAAAGUCCUCCGCUUUCAUCAACGGAAUCGAGAUCGUGUCGAUCCCUGAUAAACUCUAUUUCAAGGGAAACGACGUGGUGAUCAAAUUUGUCGACCAGGUGUAUUAUCUCAACUCCGACACGGCUUUGGAGAAUCUCUACAGGCUGAACGUCGGCGGCGCGAGGGUCGCUAUCGAAGACGACAGCGGGCCCACGCGCGGCAUGUUCCGGGGCUGGAAUCCUGACGAUGACUACAUAUUCUUCCGCGAUCAUGGCUGGAACCAGUAUGACGAGGGAGUUGUGAUCAACUACACCGCCCAAACGCCGCCGUAUACUGCUCCGCCGAGAGUGUACACAUCUGCUCGUUUCAUGACCAACAUCAGCAUAAGCUUGGAGUGGGGAUUUCCGGUUGAUUCGGGAUUCUUCUAUCUGCUCCGCUUCCACUUUUGUGAAUUUCUGCAGGAAGUUACGGUGCCAAACGAAAGAGUGUUUUCGAUAAUCAUCAAUAAUCAGACGGCGGAUAUUGAAAUUGACGUCAUCAUCUUCGCCGGUGGCCCUGAUAUUCCCGUCUUCAGAGACUACAUAAUAUGGGUUCCUGACGACGGAGAUCGUGGAAAGCAAGACCUGCGCCUAUCGUUGGUUCCUUUGCUUUCGGUGAGACCAAAGUUUAUUAGCGCUUUGCUAAAUGGAUUAGAAAUUUUCAAACUCAAUGAUACCAAAGGGAGUUUCGCAGCCGCCAACCCGGAGCUCACGGUGGAUUCUUCGACACUGGAAGUGCCGCCGCCGCUGCGGAAGAGAAAGAGUGGAGGAUCUUCUAUAAUUUACGCUGUUACUGGGAGUGUAGCCGGAGUUCUUGCGGUGGUUACAGCCAUUGGCUUCUUGAUCUUCCGGCGGCGGCGGAAAAUGAAGGACUCGGCGACUAGCGUCGCCAAGUCAUCGACGGGGUCAAGCUGGUCCACCGCCAAAACUAGCGGAUCAGCUGCCGUCUCCCUGCCCUCCGAAUUCUGCAGAUACUUCUCCUUCGACGACAUCAAAACCGCCACCCGCAACUUCGACCACGAGUUCAUCAUCGGCAAGGGAGGCUUCGGCAACGUCUACAAAGGCCUCAUCGACAACGCCGCCACCACCGUCGCUAUCAAGAGGCUCAACCCCUCCUCCAACCAAGGCGCCAGCGAGUUCCGCACCGAGAUCGAGAUGCUCUCCAAGCUCCGCCACCUCCACCUGGUCUCCCUCAUCGGCUACUGCGACGACGACGGCGAGAUGAUCCUCGUCUACGACUACAUGGCCCACGGCACCCUCCACGACCACAUCAUCAACAACUCCGAGAAUUCACCGUUAACGUGGAAGCAGCGCCUCCAAAUUUCCAUGGGCGCCGCAAAAGGACUGCACUAUCUCCACAGCGGCACCAAGCACGCCAUCAUCCACCGCGACGUCAAGUCCACCAACAUCCUACUCGAUCACAACUGGGUGGCCAAGAUUUCAGAUUUCGGGCUCUCCAAAAAGGGACACUCGAACGAUUCCUUCACGUACAUCAGCACCAACGUCAAAGGCACCUUCGGCUACUUGGAUCCCAAAUACCUUUCAACAAAUCAAUUGACCAGAAAAUCCGAUGUGUAUGCAUUUGGAGUGGUUCUCUUCGAACUUCUCUCCGGAAGGGCUGCCGUGGAUGUGAAGCUCGACGAGGAGCAACACAGCCUGGCCGGAUGGGCUCGAAUUUGUGUGCGUGAAGGGCAAGUGGAUCGACUCGUCGACACAAAGCUCGCGGGGCAGAUUUCAGCAGCUUGUUUGAAUGUAUUUGUUGGAAUAGCAGGGAGAUGCAUACACAUUCAGCCACUGGAGAGGCCUACUAUGGCAGAUGUGGUGAUGGGCCUCGAAUUAGCGCUCGCGUUACAGCUGACAACAGAGGUGGAAGACAUAACUGAUCACUCUCAACAAGAAUCUCUAGCACCACAAACAAUCAAAGUGAAGGGUGAAUUAGAAGAGACGAAAUUAAAAUAACAAGUAGUUUUUGUCAAUCAUUAGUAACAGAGGAUUGCCAAGUCACAAAUGUAUAUAUGUCAGUGUAGAUUUGUUUUCUCCGGCCUCGGAAUUCGCAUUGCAGCUUUGUGUAAGCAGUUCUAAGAUUACCAAAGAUGAUAUCAUGCAGAGAGCACAUACUGCUAUUAUUCAA